AUGAAAGGAGUCCUCUCCGCACUGACCCCCCUGACAUCCGGUCUAACGAUGAGCGACCUCAACUACAUCCGCCAGCCAGCCCCGGGGCCCAUGGCCGCCUUUGCGCCCACGCUGCAUCCCUGCACCACCCAGAACGAGACCAGGCCGGGCAGCUCCGGCUCCCCCUCGCAGAGCCUGGAGGGCGAAGAGGCGCAGCGCAGCAACGGAACACCAAACAGCAAGGGGCUGCAGGCUCGGUCCGCCUCCCGCAGCCUGGAGGACAUCAUGCAGCGUCGGCGCGAGGCUGCGCGCCGCUCGCGCCGACGCAAGUCCGCCCAGCUGCAGGCCAUGGAGGCCGAGCUGGUGGAGCUGCGGCGCGAGCCGCGCCGCGCUUUCCGGUGA